AUGAAGUGUUCUACCAUCGUCGGCGUCUCCUCUCUGGCUCUUGUGUCAGCAGGAAACUGCAGUCUCCCCCAAAUCAACCUGGGCCACUUUUCCUUCCCCCACACCAACAUGUUCGUCGCCUGGUCGCCAUACACGCCGACCACGAUCCAAGAGCUCGACGACGUGUGCGUCAAGUCGGGCGCCAUCAAGGGCACGGCCACAUGGACCGCCGUCCGCACCGCGAGCACCUACACCACGGGUCCCAUCUGCGGCAACCCCUUCAACAUCACGAGCGACGAGACGGGCGUCACCUACCGCAACCUCGAGCUGGCUUGCAGCGACGACAACAGUGAAGGACAGGCGACGCAGGUCACCGCCGUUGUGGACGCGGCGUCGCAGAGGACCGUCCAGACGUGCACGCCCGUGCUUUUGGACGGCGAGGAGUUCCGCUUGGGUGAUGGCUGCUCCAACUACCACGGCAGCUCCCUGUCGUUCGACUUUGCUUGUUCUUCAUAA